AUGACUGAGAAACAAGAACUCGAAUACGAUAAGGAUGUUUACGCCGAAGAAAAGGCCUAUGCUGGUGACACCCUCGAGCUCAACGAGGAGGACGAAGUCGAGAACUCCAAGAUUGAGGCCGUCCGUCUCGUUGUCCCCAUCACGGACGAGCCCUCCCUGCAAGCAGUCACCUUCCGCUUCUGGGUCCUGUCCCUCUUCUUUGGUGUUAUCGGUUCAGUCAUCACUCAGUUCUACUACUACCGUGUCGCCGUGGGUUACUUCUCCAUCUACUUUGUCAACCUGGCUUCCUAUGCCCUCGGUACCGGAAUGGCCAAAUUCUUGCCUAAGAGUCAACUCACCAUCGGUGGCUGCUCCAUGUCGCUCAACCCCGGACCCUUCAACAUCAAGGAGCACUGUUUGAUCGGUAUUGCUGUCUCCACCGCCUCGAGCUCUGCCUAUGCCAUCGAUAUUUUGUCUGCUACUGAUCUCUUCCUGAACCACCGCAUCAACGCCUUUGGCUCCAUCGUCCUCAUCAUCACUACCCAGUGCUUGGGCUACGGCAUGGCCGGUACCCUCCGCAAGUACCUCGUCUACCCUGCCGAGAUGGUUUGGUGGGGCAACUUGGUCCAGGUCGUGUUCUAUAACGCUAUGCACAACACCGACGAGUUCAAGACCAAGAAGAUGAUCCGUGGCUGGUCUUACAUGAAGUACUUCUGGAUCUUCUGUGGUGGCGCAUUCGUGUGGGAGUUCGUUCCUCAGUUCCUUGGCCCCAUGUUCAACUUUCUCAGCUGGGUCUGCUGGAUCAAGCCCUUUGACAUGAACAUGUGGGGUAUCUUCUCGACCCUCACUGGCGGCGGUGUCCUCGGUCUGUCCUUCGACUGGACCUCCAUUGGUGGCGCGACCAUGUGGCUCCCUCUCGCCUCACAACUCUGCAACUAUGGUGGUGUUAUCCUCGGUUACUGGAUCAUCCUCCCCAUCAUGUGGGUCAAGAACACCUGGGAAAUCAAGAAGUUCGUGUAUCCUCUUACCCCCACCUUGUUUUACGGUAACGGCUCUGUCUUCCACGUCCAGGACUACCUCAACCCCGACUACUCGCUGAACGAAGAGCUCUACGAGGCCGGCCCACCAGCCACCAUGACCCCCAUGUAUGCCCUCGGCUUCUUCUACUCCUUUGUCGCACUGGCCGGCUGCGUCACCCACGUCAUUUGUUUCCACGGUAAAGACAUCCUGAGGAACUGGAAGAUGGCUGUCGGCAGCAAGGAUGAUGAUAUCCACAACAAGUUGAUGAAGGUCUACCCCGAGGUUCCUCAGCUCUGGUACGCCGCCUUCUACCUUGUCAUGCUUGCUCUCUCCAUCAUGGUCUGCGAGGUGUAUGAACUUCAACUGACCUGGUGGGGCAUGAUUGUUGCCGGUAUUAUCGGCUGGAUCCUCACUAUCCCCAUUGGCGCCAUGACCGCCAUCACAGGAUUCGGUCCCGGUCUUAACGUCAUUACAGAGCUGAUUUGCGGUUACAUGCUCCCCGGCAAGCCCAUCGCCAACAUGACUUUCAAGUGCUACGGUUACAUGGCCUCAUACCAGUGCAUGACCCUGCUCGCCGACCUCAAGCUCGGUAUCUACAUGAAGAUCCCCCCACGCGCCAUGUUCGUCUCUCAGUUUUGGGGCACUCUCAUCGGCGGUGUCUUCAACUAUGUCACCAUGAUCGCCAUCAUCAACUCUGAGCGCGAGGUCCUAACCUCUCUCCAAGGCGAUCCAGCCGGUCUUUGGACGGGUGCCAGCCCCAAAAUUUUCUGGGGUUCUGCCCAGAUCUACGGAGCCCUCGGCCCUCAACGCAUGUUCAGCACCGAUGGCAACUACGGUUUUGUCUACUACGGUUUCCUGGUUGGUGCCGUCAUCCCCAUCAUCCUCUGGGCUCUCUCCAAGAAGUGGCCCAACGUUUCCUGGGAAAAGUUCAACAUCACCAUUAUUGCCGGCGGCAUGAGCGCCUACCCCAACGGCUACAUCACUGGUAUCGUUGGUAGUAUCAUUAUUGCCUUCAUCUGGCAGUUCUGGCUCUUCCGCUACCACAAGAACUGGUGGUCAAAGUACACGUUCAUCCUCUCGGCUGCUCUCGACACGGGCGCCGCAUUUACGGGUCUCUUUAUCUUCAUUUUCCUCUCAGGUGGUAUCAGCGAGAAGUUGUUGGUCAAUGCCCCGAGCUGGUGGGCAAACUACAUUGCCUUCGACCCCAACUAUAACGAGACUGCCAAUGGUGGGUACAUGGGCAUCGAUCGCUGCGGUUCCACCGGCCUCUGGGAUAGCGGCAACCCUUACCAGUAG